GCUACCAGGCGCACGAUCACGUGGGCCCAUCGCGGGGCGGCCGGCGCGGGAAGCCGCGCGAGAGCGGACCACGGGGUGCGUGAGGCGGCGCUGCUGCGUGCCGAGCGCGGCGCGGGAGCCUGCCCCUCCCGCACGGAGGAGCCGGCCCGCCGCCGCGGCGGCAUCUGGAGCCACAAUGGACACCGCCAGCCAUAGCCUUGUCCUCCUGCAGCAGCUGAACAUGCAGCGGGAAUUUGGGUUUCUGUGUGAUUGCACAGUUGCUAUUGGAGAUGUUUACUUCAAAGCCCACAGAGCAGUGCUUGCUGCUUUUUCUAACUAUUUCAAGAUGAUAUUUAUUCACCAAACAAGUGAGUGCAUAAAAAUACAGCCAACUGACAUCCAGCCCGACAUAUUCAGCUAUUUGCUGCACAUUAUGUACACUGGGAAAGGGCCGAAGCAGAUUGUGGAUCAUGGUCGUUUGGAGGAAGGGAUUCGAUUUCUUCAUGCUGACUACCUUUCUCAUAUUGCGACUGAAAUGAAUCAGGUGUUCUCACCAGAGACGGUGCAGUCCUCAAAUCUGUAUGGUAUUCAGAUCUCAACAACCCAAAAACCAGCUGUCAAGCAAGGGCUGGAAGUCAAAGAAGCUCCUUCCAAUAACAGUGGAAACAGAGCCGCUGCCCCAAGUGACCACCCGCAGUUGCAGCUCUCUCUCGCUAUCGGGCUGGACGAUGGCACUGCAGACCCGCAGAGAGCCCAUCCCGCAGCCCAGGCCCUGGAGGAGCACCAGAAGAAGGCCCCAGUCUCCAUCAAGCAGGAGAAAUGUGACCCAGAAUCUGUGAUCUCCCAAAGUCACCCUUCACCCUCCUCAGAGGUGACGCGCCCGCCUUUCACUGAAAGCAGCAUCAAAAUCCACCUAUGUCAUUACUGUGGGGAACGUUUUGAUUCCCGUAACAACCUGCGACAGCACCUGCACACACACGUGUCUGGAUCCCUCCCCUUUGGUGUCCCAGCCUCCAUUCUGGAAAGUAACGACCUUGGCGAAGUCCAUCCACUCAGUGAGAGUAGUGAGGCCCUCGAGUGCCCGAGGCUCGGCUCCUUCAUUGUCAAGGAGAAUGAGCAGCAGCCCGACCACACUAACCGGGGUCCCUCGGAGCCUUUGCAGAUCAGUCAGGUGUCUUUGAUCUCCAAAGACACAGAGCCAGUAGAAUUAAACUGUAACUUUUCUUUUUCGAGGAAAAGGAAAAUCAGCUGUACCAUCUGUGGUCAUAAAUUUCCCCGCAAGAGCCAGUUGCUGGAACACAUGUUCAUCCACAAAGGUAAAUCUUACAGAUAUAACCGAUGUCAAAGGUUCGGGAAUACACUGGCCCAGAGAUUUCAGCCUUUUUGUGACGGCUGGUCUGAUGUCCCCCUGAAAGGUUCUCGCUUGUCUCAAGAACACUUAGACUCAUCUUGUGCCUUAGAGCCGGAACUCACACAAGAAAAUGUGGACACCAUCCUAGUUGAGUAGCAGCAUCCUCAAAACUUUUAUAUCAUGAAAUAGAAAAUUCUCAUGGCAUAUUUUUUUUACUUGUAAAUUAUUUUCCUC